AUGACGCGACUCCAAAGGUCUCUGGGCUUCUUUUUACUAAUUUCGAGCCUGGUGACUAAUUGUUCGACGCUGAAAUGCUACGAUUCCAGUUUGCAGUCACAAAACUGUGAAGCAAUUGAUUUGUGGUGUAUCAAAUUCAUUAAUGGCUCAACUAUAACACGCGGCUGUGCCAAUGUAUACGACUUUUGUACCGAUGAGGAUGCGGGGUAA